UUCUCACCAGCACACAACAAAACAUCUCUCUCUCUCUCUCUCUCUCUCUCUCUCUCCCUCCUAUAAAUUACCCUCUUCACCACAUCUUACCUUGAAUCCAACAAGCCAUCGAACUCUUCAGUUUGUCCAUAAAUCGUACCAAGAAAGGACAGAACAUCUGGUUUUUUUGGCCUGUCUCUGUCUGGUCCUUGUUGAGAGAGGGGGAUGGCUGAGGCGGUAGCGAGAGAGAGGAAGAUACUGGUGGCGGUGGACGAGAGCGAAGAGAGCAUGUACGCCUUGUCGUGGUGUCUCAAGAACGUCGUCUCCGAGAACUCCAAGGACACCCUCGUCCUCCUCUACGCAAAGCCCCUUCGUUCUGCCUACACAGCCCUCGACGGCACAGGGUACUUGUUUUCCUCGGACAUAGUGGCCACCAUGGAGAGGCACAACAAUGAGGUGGCCGACCGUGUGAUGGCCAGGGCUAAGAAGAUCUGCCAUGAUUUUGGUGAGGUCGCGGUGGAGACGAGAGUGGAGAAUGGGGAUGCAAGAGAUGUCAUCUGCAGCGUGGCGCAGAAGUUGGUGCCUGAUGUUCUGGUGAUGGGGAGCCAUGGUUACGGUCUUAUAAAAAGGGCCUUUCUGGGGAGCGUGAGCUAUCACUGUGCCCAGAACGUCAAGUGUCCCGUGCUCGUAGUGAAGAGGCCCAAAACCAACAGGAACGACUGAACCUCGAUCUAUACUUCCCGUGUUGUGUCCUAGUCCUAGGUUGUCUUCUACAGAAUUAUCGAGUUUUAUUGUGUAUAUAUUCCUACAAUGUGCAUAUUCUUUGUUUUCUGCCUUGUAAAUGGAUUGGAUCUUAAUAAUAGAAUUCGAUUGUCAAAAAGGACACGGUGCUUGACCUCAUCAUUAAGCAGCGUACAAUAAAAUAAAAUAAAAAUGUGAAUGGGCUUAUCGAAAGUUUCCAUCAGCUGUCGACAGAGACUGACCAAAUCAAAGAGAGAUGAGCGAUAGAGAUUGAUGGCAUUAUCUUAAGACCAUAUGCAGCAGAUCCAGACUCUUCAACGAGUGCGAUUGAUCUGAAAAUGGACGUUAGCCUUCGUUCUGAAAACUCAAAUCAGUCAAUGGAUAUAGAUGAAAUCAGGCACUCAAAAGUCUUGGGAUCAGCCUUCCUACAGUUCUCUCCCUCUCUAAAGAAAUGUCCUACAUCUAUAUUGUAAAGAUA